AAAAAAAAUUAAAAAAUGCUGCUCGUCUUAUUCCUGAGUAUUUGCGUGACGUUGGGCUCCGGUCGGUUAACGACAAGCGGCCGUGAUUUCCUCUACAAUGGUCAGAAAGUAUUCUUGUCUGGAGCCAACAUCGCUUGGAAUUCGUACGGCUACGACUUUGGAAACGGUGCCUAUCAAUCCAAUUCAAAGGCGACGUUAGAGACUUGGCUCACCAUGAUCGCCAAUAGUGGAGGAAAUUCAAUUCGACAAUGGGUGCACGUAGAAGGACAAAACACUCCAACUUACGACAGCAAUGGGUACGUGAUCAGUCCCGACAGUACGGGCACUAUCAUCGACGAUAUGCGAUCCUUCUUGGAUUUUGCACAAACUCAAAAUAUCCUCGUCAUCUUCGUUUUGUGGAAUGGCGCAGUUCUGGAAAAUCAGAAUACAAUCAACUUGUUUUACGACGAUGCCAAACUACAGAGUUACAUCGAUAACGCUCUCAAGCCAAUGGUUGCAGCUUUGGGUGAUCAUCCUGCACUCGCUGCUUGGGAAAUCAUGAACGAGCCGGAAGGUGCCAUUUUGCUUAAUCAAGUCAAUGACAAUCCAUGUUUCGAUACGACUCCGCUUGCGAAUACGGACGCUAGUUGGACAGGCCUUACCAUCCCUAUGGAAAAUAACUUGAAGUUUGUCAACUGGCAAACGCACGCCAUUAAGGAAACUAAUCCUGCAUCGCUCGUUACCCUCGGAUCUUGGUCGGAACACGCCCAGUCUGACGCUUACGAACAAUCGAGAAAUUAUUACACAGACAAAUGUCUCCUAGCUGCAGGUGGUAGAAGUUUGGGUACAUUAGAUUUCUACCAAUUUCACACUUACACGUACACCGGACAAUGGGACCCCAGCGAACCAUUCAAAGUUACAGCCGCAUCUUACGGACUGGACAAACCUUUGGUGAUUGGUGAAUUUGCCACAGUUUGUGGCGGUCCCGAAACCAGCCCAACUCUUUUCCAGUACAGCUAUGAUAAUGGCUAUCAGGGCGUUUGGUCUUGGUCUUAUAACGGUGGCACGACAGGUUCCACCUGUUGCGAUAAUCAAACAACGCAAGACAGUGGAAUGCUCCAGCUGAAAGGGCAGAACGGCGCCGGCGGUACCGUCAAUUUCCCGAUUGUAGUAUGAACGUUGCAUAAACAUAUUAGUUUUGCUUUAUCAGCUGUUUGUACUAAACAAGAUGAAAGGAAAGCCUAUCAAAUGAUAAUAGAACAUAAUAGAACAAA